AUGUAUUUUUUCAAUAGUGUUGACCGUUCGAACCUGGGAAAUGCGAAAACGGAUGGUAUGGACAAAGAUCUUGGCUUUACCGGCGAACAGUAUAGCUUGUUGAUCCUGCUGUUCUACAUCCCAAACGGACUGUGCGAUCUUCCGCUUAAUAUGUUGACGAAGAAGUGGAGUGGUAGGGUCAUGCUUCCAUCCCUGAUGGUGGGAUGGGGUGCGAUGGCCCUCCUCCAAUGUGCAGCACACAACUUCGCUGGAAUGCUCGUUAUACGCAUUCUGCUUGGUGCUUUUGAAGCCGGAUUCUUCGCAGGCGUCGUCUUCUACCUCACUUUGUUCUACACGCGUGGCGAACUCGGCUUUCGCAUUGCGCUUUUCUUCGGUAGUGCACUUCUCGCGGGGGCUUUCAGUGGUCUAAUUUCCUUUGGAGUCUUCCAGAUUGACCAUGCUCAGAUCCCAGGCUGGAAGUUUCUCUUCAUCAUCGAGGGAGCACUUACGGUGGUGCUCGCUCUGAUAGCAUACGCUUGGUUACCGGCAACCCCUCAAUCAGCCUGGUUCUUGACUGAUGCUGAACGUACUGUGGCUGAACGUCGCACACUGCGUGACCUGUCUUCAUCCGGUUCUCACGAAUUCAACAUGCGAGAGUGUUUCAAAGAGUGGAACACGUGGAAGAUGUUUCCCUGGUGUGUCGUCGCUUUCACCUACCCUGUCGCUUUCAGCACAACGUCGAACUUUUUGCCUCAGAUUGUCCAGCGACUAGGAUACUCUGUCGUCAAAACUAAUCUCUGGACCGUGGCGCCCAAUGCUGUGGGAUUUGUUAUCUUGCUCUGUAUAACUUAUAGCAGUGAUUACUUCCGGGAACGCACUUUCCACAUCUGUGGCGCUCUGUGCAUCUCUCUCGUCGGACUCGUCAUCCUCGCCACAGUCGAUGUUCUCGGCAACAAAGCCGUCGCAUACUUCGCCUGCUUCUUGCUUUGCGCGGGGGCAUACGUCCCUUCUUGUCUUGUGCACUCGUGGCAUAACAACAACAACCUCAACGAGAAUGCUCGCGCUGCGACAACGGGUCUCAUGGUUGGGCUCGGAAACCUUGGGGGUAUUGUUUCCGCCGCGACCUUCAGACAAGAGUACGCACCCAAGUAUUUGCCAACGCUGUAUGCAACGGCAGCAUGCAAUGUUACGUGUAUUUGCUUUACAUUGUGGCUAGGCGGGUGGAUGAAGCUGGAGAAUCGAAGGAGGAACAAAUCGCAGGGUGUUGUGCUCAGAGCCGAGGACGUCAAGACAAGUGAGCUGGGCGAUGGAGAAGAUAGUGAGAGGUGGAGAUACUUUACUUAG